ACAACCCAAAAAAAGAAAAAAGAGAUCAGAGAGAGAGAGCUCGAACUGUACAGUGGCUAUGGCCGCCACCGCCAUUCUCGCCAUUUCUCUCUCUCUCAUUCUUCUUCUUCUUCUUCCUCCGGUUUCGUCUCAGUGCCGCCGGCCGCCGGUCAUUUUCAACUUCGGCGAUUCCAACUCCGACACCGGCGGCCUCGUCGCCGGCAUUGGCUUCCCGGUUCUUUCUCCCAACGGCCGCUCCUUUUUCCGCCGAUCCACCGGCCGCCUCUCCGACGGCCGCCUCCUCAUCGACUUCCUCUGUGAGAGUUUGAACACAAACUUGUUAAAUCCCUAUAUGGAUUCAUUAGCAGGAUCAAAUUUCAGAAAUGGGGCAAACUUUGCAAUUGUGGGAUCUUCCACUCUCCCCAAAUAUGUUCCUUUUUCACUCAACAUUCAGAUMAUGCAAUUCAUUCACUUCAAGGCUCGURCUCUCGAACUUCUUAAUGCGAAUGCGGGUAAUGGGAAUUUGAUUGACGAUAACGGGUUUAGGAACGCAUUGUAUAUGAUCGACAUUGGCCAAAAUGACAUAGCUAACUCUUUCUCCAAAAAUCUUUCCUACUCCCAAGUGGUUAAGCAAAUCCCAUCAGUCAUUUUUGAAAUCAAGAAUGCUGUGAAGGCUUUGUAUGAUCAAGGGGGAAGGAAGUUUUGGAUACACAACACAGGGCCAUUAGGUUGCCUGCCUCAAAAGCUCUCAUUGUUCCACACGAAAGAUCGCGACCCACAUGGAUGCAUUUCGAUCUUCAAUGCCGCAGCAACAUUGUUCAACAUGGAAUUAAGUCAUUUAUGCCGGGAAAUGAGAUCCGAAAUGAAGGAUGCAAGCAUCGUCUACGUUGAUAUCUACGCUAUCAAAUAUGAUCUCAUCGCCAACUCCUCAUCACAUGGUUUCCCCAAUCCUCUGAUGGCGUGUUGUGGCGCGGGAGGACCCCCAUACAACUACGACAUCAGAGUGACAUGUGGUCAACCWGGAUAUGAAGUUUGCAGUGAAGAUUCCAAGUUCAUAAGUUGGGAUGGGAUUCAUUACACAGAAGCAGCAAACAAGAUUGUGGCUUCCAAACUACUUUCAACAGCUUAUUCAACACCACCUUUGCCUUUUGAUUUCUUUUGCCACAACUGAUCUUUCAAAUUCAUGUCAUCAAGAAAAAACACAAACUUUCUCCAACUGUUACUUCAUUUUGAGAAGUUUUGGAGGUAAUAAAUUCUUUGCAAAUGCAUUGAAAAUGGAAA